AUGGCUUUCAAAGGGACAUCUAGUAGCUCGAGCAUCGACCAUGGCACAACUACAUUUGUCGUGGGACCUGAGAAGACCGUUACUGCCUUGGAAGCGAACGACGACUCGCCAGACACACGUGCCGCUAGGAGAGAUGUUUCUGGGGACGUCCUCGACGACGGACUACGACGAGGUCUUAAAGGAAGACAUUUUGUGAUUAUCGCGCUCGGCAGCAUCAUCGGACCAGGGACAUUCUACGGGCUGGGCUACGCCAUCUACUUGUCUGGCCCUCUGGGGGCGCUGCUUGCAUGCUCAUAUUCUCUAGGAAUUUCGGUCUGGGUGUUGAUGCAAAGCGUUGGCGAGAUGACCACGUUAUUUCCCAUCCAUGGGGGAUUUGUCGAACAUGCUGGCCGCUUUGUUGAUCCUGCCCUGAGCUUUGCGAUGUCAUGGUUGUAUUAUCUCAUGUGGAGUGUCUUCCUCGCUGCAGACUGGAAUUCCGCAAUCUUAAUUCUCCGCUACUGGGUGCCAGACUCUACAAUUCCUUCCUACGCUUGGGCUCUUAUCUUCUGGGCAGUGUUCUCCGUUGUCACGCUUCUCGGUGUGAAUGUAUAUGGAGAGCUGGAGUACUUCUUCGGCAUGUUCAAGUUCCUCUCCCUCAUCAUCCUUUUCAUACUCUCCAUCGUGGCCGAUGUGGGUGGAUUCGGCGGUGGAUACAUUGGAUUCAGAUAUUGGACGAAACCAACAGGUCCUAUUAUACAUGGAAUCGAUGGAUUUGGACAGGUCUUCGUUCUUGCAGCAGCUUACUACGUUGGCACGGAAAUUAUUUCUUUGGCUGGUGGCGAAUCGAGAAAUCCGAAGAAAGACAUCCCAAAGGCCAUCAACUCUGUCGUCUAUCGCAUAUUGGUCGUAUAUAUAGGCAUGCCUUUUUUCCAAGGCCUUAUAUGUCCGUCAGAUUCGCCAGAACUUCUGAACGCAGACUCGGUAGUUGCAUCGUCGCCGUUUACGAUUGGCUUUACCAACGCGGGUUGGAAGACAUCUGGGCACUUUGUCAAUGCUUUGAUAACGGUGGCUUUUGUCUCCGCAGCCAACGGCGUGGUGUAUGUGCAGUCACGCACAGUCUACUCCUUGGCGUUGACCGGAAGAGCACCGAAGAUCUUCGCAAAGACGACAUCCCGUGGAGUACCGUGGUUUGCUAUAUUGACCUCCAACCUCUGGGGCUUCCUAUGCCUAAUGAACCGGAAGCUCUCCGCAGGCCAAGUGUUUGCAUAUAUGACAAGCGUGGGAGGCACUGCAGCUUAUAUUGCCUGGGCCGCCAUCAUAUUCACCCAUUUGCAGAUCCGGGCCGCGGCGAAGAGACAAAACAUUGAUGUCAACACGUUUCCGUACAAAGCCUUUGGGAACAUCUGGAUCUACCGCCUCAAUUUUGCGUUCAAUAUCUUCCUCCUCUUCAUCCAAGGGUACACGGUCUUCAAACAUCCCUUCAACUGGAGGUCGUUCAUUGCGUGCUAUAUCACCAUUCCGACCUUUUUCAUCCUGUUUUUCGGGUUCAAGUUCUACUACAGAACUCGUUGGGUCCGGCUUGACGAGGUUGAUUUCUCGGACCGCAGAGAAUGGAUUGCUCCUGCGUCUACAGCAUCGUAUGACUCGAGAUCCUGGAAGAGGAAAGUCUGGGAUAUGUUCAAAGACUGA